AUGGACUGGGCAAAUGUAUCAAGGAAGAAUGUGGCCAUGUUUCUUUUAGAUUUUGAGAAGGCCUAUGAUAGGGUUGAAUGGGAGUUUAUUUUGAUGAUGCUAGAAGCCUUUGGAUUUCUUGUGGAAUUCUGUAAAUGGGUGAAGAUUCUCCUUAAAGAUGCAUCUGCACAGGUAGAUAUCAAUGGAUCUCUCACUCAAGUAAUUAAACUUAGCAGGUCUAUUAGACAGGGUUGCCCUCUUGCCCCUACACUAUUUGUUAUUGUUUCUGAUGUCAUGUACUAUAUAUUAAGAGACCACACCAUAUCCCCUAAAAUAGGAGGUGUUAUACUUCCUGAUGGGUCUGAAUUGAUUAAUACCCAAUUUGUUGAUGACACUACACUUUUUGUUGAACUUACCAAGCAAAACAUGGAAGCCCUUGAGUGUAAAAUUAAGUUCUUAGGUGAGAUUUCAGGGGUAAAUUUCUCAGGCUAA